AAAUAUAUGUCAACUUAAAAUAAAUGUUUGAGUUUAGGUUAGUUAAAUGUUGUUAUUGAACAGAAGCUAAAGUGAAUAAUUCUGUUUUUUGUACCGAUGACUAUGCAAAUGCAAUACCGGUUUGCUAUUAAUUUAUUUCAAAAAAACAAAUACAUUGUAUCCAUACGAAGACUCACAAGCAAAAUACCUUUAACCCCUGUACCUACAUUAGAAAGAAAUCAAACGAAUAUUAGUAAAGUUGAUACCAACACUAUUGCACUGUUAGAAAGACUUUCCUUAGUAAAAUGUGAUACGGAAGAAGGUGUCAAGAUUUUAGAAGAUUCAAUUGCAUUUGCAGAUAAAAUUCUUCAUAUAGACACAACAAAUGUUGAACCUCUCUAUACAGUCUUAGAAAAAGAGAAUUUAAGCUUACGUAGCGAUGAGAUUACUCAAGGCAACUGUCAAGCAGACAUACUUAAAAAUUCAUCUGUGACCGAAGAUGAUUAUUUUGUAGCACCACCAGGGAACAUACCACUUCAUGAGGUUCAAAGUGAACUAGAGAAUACAAAAGUUAAAAAGAAUGAAUGA